CAUGAGGAUCCUGCUGAGCAAAGUGCCUCGGGCGUGGAUGGUGGAUGAGAAGAAAGAUGAUGGCUACACUGCUCUUCAUCUGGCUGCACUUAACAACCAUGUAGAGGUUGCUGAGUUGUUAGUCCACCAAGGGCGUGCAAACAUGGAUCUUCAGAAUGUAAACCUUCAAACACCUUUACAUCUGGCUGUGGAGAGACAUCACACACAAAUUGUGCGGCUAUUAGUCCGUGAAGGAGCUAACCUUAACUUAGCUGAUAAAGAUGGAGACACUCCACUGCAUGAAGCUUUGCGACAUCACACUUUAUCCCAGCUACGUCAGCUCCAGGACAUGCAGGAUGUUGGAAAGUUGCUGAUGGGUCUGGGGACUCAAGGCGUGGACAAGAAAAGUCCCGCUUCCAUUGCUUGUCUCUUAGCUGCUCACGGUGCUGACCUCAACAUUAAGAACAAGAAGGGCCAGACUCCACUAGACCUGUGCCCGGAUCCUAACCUGUGUAAAGCCCUCACUAAGUGUUACAAGGAUAAGUCUGUGUCUGGAGACAUUGGCAAUCUCGAGGUGUGUACAGAAGAAAGCCUUGAGGAAUGCAUGGUGUGUUCAGACACAAAAAGAGACACACUGUUUGGUCCUUGUGGCCACAUAGCUACGUGUUCUAUAUGUUCACCACGAGUCAAAAAGUGUCUUAUGUGCAAAGAACCUGUACAGUCAAGAACAAAGAUUGAAGAAUGUGUGGUUUGUUCAGACAAGCAAGCAACAGUUCUAUUUCAACCUUGUGGUCAUAUGUGUGCCUGUGACAAUUGUGCCUCAUUGAUGAAGAAGUGUGUACAGUGUCGAGGAGUCAUCGAAAAACAGAUCCCAUAUAUUGUCUGUUGUGGGGGCCAAGCUCCCGCAUCAAUUCUUCCUGGUGGUGCCAACAAUAGUAGUGCUGGUAGUAGCAUAGGUGGCAGUGGUGCAGGCAGUAGUGGUGGCAGUAAUAAUGCUGGCAGUGUAGUUUCGGCAGCAGCGGCAGCAGGAGUGGUUGUUCCAGGACCUACCGGACAGCUUAUGAAUAAUGGGUCAAGGGAUAUGUCUUCUGCUGAUCUUCAGAAACUGCAACAACAAUUACACGAUAUCAAAGAGCAGUUCAGACAGGAUGGCCAGCCCAGACGCCUGCAGGAGCAAUGCCAAAAGGUUAUUACCCGCAGGAAACUCCUGUGGGACACAAGGCUCAAAGGGGAAAGCAGUUUGCCUUCAAAUAGAUAUACACAAGCCAAUGCAUGCUGCUCAAAACUAUUAACCAUGAAUUGUAAAGUGUACAACAGUAAUAUCUUUGGGUAA